AUGUCUAGCAUUGCAACGGUCCGAUCCUUAGAUCACCUUGUGCUCACAGUCAAGGACCUUCAAGCCACUGUCAAAUUCUACGAAGACGUUCUCGGAAUGAAGCACACGUCGUUCUCUUCUGGAGGCCAAGACCGACACGCCUUGAUAUUCGGGGAGCAGAAAAUCAAUCUUCACGUUAGUGGGAGAGAGUUUGAGCCCAAGGCACAGAACGUACAACCGGGCUCGGGAGACCUCUGUUUUCUGAUAGACGACCAAGUCGACGAUGUUGCUAAGAGGCUGCAUGGCAAGAACAUCGAGGUCCUCGAGGGUGGAGGAGUUGUCACACGUACUGGUGCCAAGUCGAAGCUGAGAAGUGUCUACAUUCGAGAUCCCGAUGGAAAUCUGGUCGAGUACGUGUCUCCCCACGCCCCUGAUAAGCAUCUACUGACCCGACCUAGACUCUCGAACGAAUUGCCGUGA